AGAUCACGCUCAGCCAGGAGAGCAAAUUGGAGUGGUAGUGGGGGCGCGUCCGAACGAAGAUGUCAGACGGUUGUUUUCCUACUCCUAGAUUGUCUCAUUUGACAUCUGAUGAUUUUAGUUUUAUUUAUGAACCAGCAGAGGAUUCUUUUCUCUUGCUAGAUGCACUUGAAAAAGAUUGUGAGCGCGUCAGAUGUGUUCGACCUGACAUUUGUUUGGAGGUUGGCUGUGGAUCAGGAAUAUGCAUUACUUUCCUUGCCACCAUGCUGAAGUCCUCCCCCUCUUCAUAUUUCUGCACGGACAUCAAUUAUAAAGCUGCAGAAAUUGCUACCCAGACGGGGAAGCAGAAUGGAGUUCACAUUCUUCCUUUGAUCACAGACCUGGUAGGAGGUUUGGAUUUAAGACUGAAGGGACAUGUAGACAUUCUUUUAUUUAACCCACCCUAUGUUGUUACUCCAGAGGCUGAGGUCGGCUCCCGAGGACUAGAAGCAGCCUGGGCAGGUGGAGAGAGUGGUCGGACAGUAAUCGACAGAUUUCUUCCUAAAGUGCCGGAUCUCAUGUCACAGAAGGGAUUGUUUUACCUGGUUGUGAUUAAGGAGAAUAAACCAGAAGAAAUAGAGCGGGUUAUGUAUGAUAAAGGAUUUCACAUGGAGACAGUUCUUUCUCGACAAACGGGGCCCGAGCUGCUUUCUGUUCUUCGAUUUCAAAGAUCACAACAUUGAGGUAUGUAAUAAAUUCUUAAAAAGUUAUUCAUGGCAUUUCAAUUUUCAUCUUUAGUGCUGCUGCCUGCAAAGUCACCAUAGUUUUAUGGUUUUCUACUUUCUGUCUCUAUUUCUUUAAUUAUAAGCACUUAAUUGGUUCUAUAAAGAUUGAUUAUGAUUGAUCUUGCCUAUGCAAAUGUAAACCCCAACCAGUCCUUUUCAUAUCGAUUCAGAUAAAACUUCAUUCAAACUCUGCAAGUGUAAACUAGGUAUAACCUUUCAAAGCAAUAACAAUAUGGUGGCCAUGGAUUUUGAUUCCUCAAGACAGCUACUUUCCCCUGGGACUGACUUCUUUUCACAAGGGCUGCAUACUGUGUCACUAUUUACGUGUAUCUCAAAGCAGGUACAAUUAUUCCACCUAUGUAGAUGGCAUGAUUGUUCGUGUUUUCAUCCUUUUCAUUGUGUAUGUUGAAUCAAACAAGUCAAAAAACAUCCAUGAGUAAAAGGGAUUAGAUUUAUCAAAGGGAACUCUAAUUGUGUUGGAAAUUAUGUAUUUAUAGUCCGGCUGAUUGGUGCAAAUUAGAUUGGCUGUGAUAGGUGUAGAUGUUAUUUCUCACUUACACUGUGUGUGGAAGUCCUGUUGUAGAAUAUUGGAUUUAGUUGUGUUCAUGGUAUUUAAUGUUACGUGUAUUAUAGGCAUAUCCCUCUUAUGUUUUCAUGAUAGUGUCAGUAUUUUAUCAAGGAUUGUCUCCUCUAUUAUCCUGGUUAAAGCUAUUAAAGAGAACUGUCUCCCUCCAAUGAGGCCUUCAUUUGAAGCUACAUUUGAUAGAUUUCCAUCCUUGCAGUGAAGCGCUUGAAGAACUUAUGAAAAUCUAGAAACCAUUCUGAUGCAACUCAUGUUUCAUAGAAGUUAGGUUUUCUGGUCAAAAUUUGUCUGUUGUUCUUUUCUCAUUUUGAACUUCUCCAGGAUUAAUUACAUCCUUGGGUGAAGAGGAUUCAAGUUUGUUCAAAUGAAGGAUUGCACCCCCUUUCAAGGGUAGAUGAUUUAGAAAAAAAAGAAUGGGUGUUCUAAAAAUGUUCUUAGGAACUAACAAACCAGAAAAUCCAUACUUAAUAAGUUUCAAGUUCAUCCAAACCAUCUCCCUAGUACCAGAGUGAGGCCACAGUGGGGAUCUAGAGUCUUACUUUGAAAUAUUAUAACAUUGUCUUAUCAAAGUACCCCCCUCUCCUUUUGUUUAUUGUUUUCACAUUGAUAAAUGAUGUUGUUAUGUUUUGAGCCUUUGUUUUAAACAAUAAAAUGCUUUCUUUGUGGUUUCUUCAGGUGGUGAAGGUAGCUAGCAUUGCAGAAAAAAAUUCAUAACCUGUGUAAGUGGGUUAUGUAAAUUUUUCUGAUUGAUUGUUUGAUUAAAUAUUGUUUAACGUCCCUCUCGAGAAUAUUUCACUGAUAUGGAGACGUCACCGGUGAAGGGCUGCAAAUUUAGGCCUGUGCUCGGCGCUUAUCGCCUUUGAGCAGGGAGGGAUCUUUAUUGUGCCACACCUGCUGUGACACGGGACCUCUGUUUUUGUGGUCUCAUCCGAAGGACUGUCCCAUUUAGUCGCCUCUUACGACAAGCAAAGGAGUAUUGUGGACCUAUUCUAACCUUGAUCCCCACGGGAUAAAUUUAAAUUUUUUUUUUUUUUUUUGCAAUGAUUGCUACCUUCCUCAUCCAAUGAACAACAAAUAAAGAAGUUUUAUUGUUUAUAUUUAUAUGUAUUUUAAAAUGUAAGCUAGAUUUAAAUACUAAAAUACCAUUUGGUUGACCCAUUCUUUCGUUAUGUUAAACAGAACAGCCAAUGCACCCUUUGACCUUGAUGACGCUCCAUAUUUGGUAAUGAUUACACAGACAGGAUAUACUAAAAAAAAAACCCGGAUCGAACUAGUUUGCAACAAAAACGCAUUCAUUGUCGCAAAUGAAAGCAAUGUCGAUUUCAAUAGAAAUAUAAGAGAAAAGAAUCAUUGAAUGUAAAUAUAGGUUAAUAAUUACCACUGCAUUGGCCAUCCAUAGGCAUGUGCCUACUUUGCUAUCAACAUUGAUAUUUUGUUGUUGCCACUAUCUUUUCGCAUAAUGAAUUGUAAACUCUCAUUUUGUUUAAGAUGUUUUUAUAUGUAGAAAGAGUGUGUGCAUUAGCAUUACAAUAUAUAGAAAAAUCUUUGAAAAUCUUCUUCUCAUGAACCAUUGGGAUUCACUAUCAUAAUGUCAAAUUCACAUAGUACAGAUUCAAGAUUUUUCACACUUUGUUACUCGGGACCAAGGCAAGGCCACAGCAGGGGUUUCAAAGUAUGACAUAGGAAUUGGACAUGCAUUUGUAUCAAGAAACUUUUGAGACAUUUCCUUGAAAACUUCAUGGGUGUAAUAUUCCAACUUGAUAUGCAAGUGUCCUCAUGGAGUACGAGUUUGUACAUGAAAUGACCCUAGUGGUCUUGGUGAGGCUACAAGAUGGGUUUUAAAUUUUACAUAGGACUACAUGUAUAUAGGCAAAUUCUCAUCAAGAACCACAAGGGUACAAUUAGUCAGAGUAAUGUAGAAGUAUCCUCAUAUAGUGUAUAUUGAUGUUUGUUUACACCAAGACCCCGGGGUUCAGGGCCGUAGUAGGGGUUCAUUGUUUUACAUAGGAAAGUACAUACAAUGAAUUCUUUGAAAAUCUUCUUUUUAAGAACUACAAAGGUACAAUAUGGUAUGUAAAUAAUCUUUAUUUCAAGUCAGACUAAAAUACAAGAAACACAAGCUGAAAAAGUGUUUGAACUAACUAAAUGGCAAAUUAAUUGGCAAGAUUGGAAAUAUACGGCGUUCGUGACUGUCAUCUGUUGCUGUCAAAAGAUUUGACUCACAAAUGAAGUGGGCAGGUACGAUUCGGCGCGGACGACCGUGAAAACAUUAGAUUGAAAUAUAUAGUUUUUGAAGGCAAUUUCAAACCACUUUCCAAUUGCAUGUAUCAUAUCCAAUAUAAUGCGCAAACAUGUGAUAUCUUCUGAAAUACAUUGGUCAUCAUGAAUUAUUUGUUGUAAAUUUUCAGACAUAUAUUUGCAUAUCAUGCAUAACCUUUGUAAAAAUGAUUGUAUGCCACUUCCCACAAAUAAAACAAAAGUCUACCUGGCAGAGGUUUUUGAAGAGAUUUAAUGUUUUUUGUGCGUCAACUUUUUGUAAAUUAUUUGCAAUAAAGAGGAAUUCUAUUUAUCAAUCAUUUGCUGUUGUUUUUACAGCAUACAAUUUCUUGACAUAAUAUUAUAUUUUGAAAGGAAGUCGGACCAUUAUCUACCCUUCCUCACUUGCCUUUUCUAUGUAUAGUAAUAAGAUAGUAUAGGACACUACCAUUAUGUGACGAAAGAAAAUUUUCACUACUGUACAGAAAUUUAAAAAAAUUCAAGCAGAUUCUCGUGAUAGUAAUACGUGUAUAUUUUACCCUUGAUGUAUAUGUAAUAAAUUAUGGUAUUUAUUCUCUCUAUGCAUAUGCUUUAUGACAAAUGUUAUCAAUUAUUCUUAGAUGAGAAACUCUUGAGUUGUUAAUACUUGUGUUUGAACCUUUUGUAUAUAUGCAAAGUUGAUUGAAAUUGACUUAAAAAAUUUCAAUCCAUGUUUUCAAAUCAUCGUGCUGAAAUUUUGUCUGUAAUAAUAAUAGUAGGGGUCUGUACCAUACCACCCACUUUUAUUAGACCCCUAUUAUUAUUACAAAAUUCCCGGUGCCUGUGGAAACCUCUCCUCCUCCGCACAAUGAUAGAGGUAGGAAUUCGAUGUUUACAAUGGUAGUGCACUUUGAUGUCAAAUGUUUUGACUGUAACGGAUGAAAAUCACGAAUGCUGUAUAUUUCAAUUCUUGCUAGUUCAUUUUCUGAAGUACUUGUAGCUACAGUGUAAAUUGAAGUGUAUUUACACCCCUCCAUGUGGUCAGAUUGGAGUAUUAAAUGGUAUCUAAUGUUUUACAUGGUGAAAUGCAACUGUUUAGGUGAGCGAUGUGGUCCAUGGUUUUUGUUUUGUUAACAAUCACAAUUAUUUCUAAGUCCUAGUGCUGUAAUGACUUGUCUAACGUUAGUUAUUAAUUCAUUUUACCUAGAAGUCGUCUUGUUCUAAAUGAAAUGUUAAUGUGGGAGAUGAUGACCUAUAAUAAAAUGUGAAGAGGUUUCCUGUCAAGUAUUUAUGCUUCAAGGGUACAUGUAUUUUAUGAUGGUAUUAGGUUCAUGUAUUUUUAGGUAUUUGAAAUGCUUAAUAUACAUGUAUAAAAUUAUAUUUACGCAAACUGUAAAUAAAAACGUAAAUUAUG